UGCGUGUCCCGUGGAGGACACAGCAACGCCAACAACAACACGCACCAAGAAACCGGAAGGAAGAAAGAAAACGUAAAGCCGCCUCCCUUCGCCGAUCUGUCGUCCUCUUUUCCAUCUCCAGGCUGCUGCUUCUUCCCCGUCUACCAUCUCCUACCACAAACCCUAACCCCAAAUCCCCUCGAAACCCUCCAAGAAUUCCAUCGCGGGAGGUCAUGCAGUCCUGGGGGUUGGGGUGGAAGCGCCCCUCCGAGAUCUUCCACCUCUCCCUUGACUACGGCGAGCCCGGUGCCAAUGCCGACGACGACGACUUCCCCUCCUCCUCCUCCUCUCCUCCCCCUCCUCCCCUUCCACCCCCGCCGCCGCCGCCGCCGCCACCUCAGCCGCCAUCGCCCCGGCGCCCUUCCUCCGGGGAGCUGGGGCUCCGGAUUGACCUUGACUGGACCGCUGGCGACGACGAGGAGCAGAUCGCUCUCCGCCUCCAGUCCCAGCUUAUGGUCGCGCUUCCCCCGCCGCAGGACGCCGUGGUGCUGGAUCUGCGUGGGGACGAGGAGCGCGGCUGCGUCGAGGUGGAGAUGAAGGUACUCAAGCGGCGGGAGCCGUUGAGAUCGGUGCGGAUGUCCAAGGCGGCUGGGUCCGGACAGCAGACCGACGGGCUCGGGGUCUUGACGCGGUUGAUCCGGUCCAAUUUAGCACCGUCCGGGCCGGCGAAUGGCGUCCAGGGGUUGGCCGAUCACUGGAAGAGUGUGACGGUGUUGAGCCUGUGCGGCUGUGGCUUGUCUGUUUUUCCAGUGGAACUAACAAAGCUACCACUUCUGGAGAAGCUAUAUCUUGACAACAAUAAGUUAUUACUUUUGCCACCAGAGCUUGGUGAAUUGAGAAGCAUGAAGGUUCUAAGAGUCGACAACAAUAUGCUUAGUUCUGUUCCUGUUGAGUUGCGGCAAUGUGUUAUGCUGGUUGAACUGUCAUUGGAACAUAAUAAACUUGUCAGACCACUUCUGGAUUUCAGGGCUAUGGCUGAACUUCGUGUUCUAAGACUGUUCGGUAAUCCUCUCGAGUUUCUUCCAGAAAUUUUACCAUUGCACAAUCUUCGACAUUUGUCACUUGCUAAUAUUAGAAUUGAGGCCACUGAAAAUCUGAAAUCAGUGAAUGUGCACAUAGAGACAGAAAACAGCUCCUAUUUUAUUGCAUCAAGGCACAAGCUCAGUGCCUUUUUCUCUCUUAUUUUCCGGUUCUCUUCAUGUCAUCAUCCACUGUUGGCAUCUGCAUUAGCCAAAAUCAUGCAAGAUCAUAGCAAUCGUGUGGCUAUUAGUAAAGAAGAGAAUGCUAUACGACAGCUGAUAAGUAUGAUAAGCAGUGAUGACCGUCAUGUGGUUGAACAAGCAUGCUUUGCUCUCUCAUCAUUGGCAGCAGAUGUUUCUUUGGCAAUGCAGUUGAUUAAGUCUGACAUUAUGCAACCCAUCGAAUCACUUUUGAGGUCAGUGGAUCAAGAAGAACUGAUCUCUGUAUUGCAAGUUCUGGUCACAUUAGCAUUUGCAUCUGAUAGCGUUGCUCAAAAGAUGCUGACCAAGGAUGUCCUCAAGUCUCUUAAAUCACUUUGUGCAAAUAAAAACACAGAGGUGCAGUGUCUGUCAAUACUGGCUGUUGGCAAUUUAGCUUUCUGUUCAGAAAAUCGUCGCACUCUAUCUCAUUCUGAAAGCCUGCGGGAACUUCUAUUGCGCCUCACAGUUAUGCCUGUGCCACGUGUAAACAAGGCUGCAGCACGUGCUUUGGCAAUUCUUGGUGAAAAUGAGAACCUGCGUCGAGCAAUAAGAGGAAAGCCUGUUGGGAAGCAAGGAUUGCGUAUACUGUCAAUGGAUGGUGGUGGUAUGAAGGGUCUAGCAACAGUUCAGAUGCUUAAACAAAUUGAGCAAGGAACCGGAAAGCGUAUUCAUGAAAUGUUUGACCUGAUAUGUGGUACAUCAACGGGUGGUAUGCUUGCGGUAGCUCUUGGAAUUAAACAAAUGACCUUGGAUCAAUGUGAAGAUAUAUACAAAGAGCUUGGAAAACUUGUCUUUGCUGAACCUACUCCUAAGGAUAAUGAAGCUGCAACAUGGAGGGAGAAGCUUGAUCAGCUCUUCAAAAGUUCAUCACAAAGUUUUAGAGUGGUUGUACAUGGGUCAAAACAUAGUGCAGAUCAAUUUGAAAGACUGUUGAAAGAGAUGUGUGCUGAUGAAGAUGGUGAUCUUUUGAUAGAAUCUGCAGUGAAGGGCAUUCCCAAAGUUUUCGUAGUGUCUACUCUAGUUAGUGUGACGCCAGCUCAACCAUUUUUAUUCCGGAAUUAUCAGUAUCCAGCUGGUACCCCAGAGUCGCCAUUAGGAAUGGCUGAAAGUCCAGCAGUUACUGCAAUUGGAACAGCUAUCCCUAGUGCACAAAUCACUAGUCGGCGUGGUGCUUCUAUUGGAAGCUGCAAGCAUCGGAUAUGGGAAGCUAUAAGAGCAUCAUCUGCUGCUCCAUAUUACCUCGAUGAUUUCUCAGAUGAUGUGAAUCGUUGGCAAGAUGGAGCCAUUGUAGCAAAUAAUCCAACCAUAUUUGCCAUAAGAGAAGCACAGCUUUUAUGGCCUGAUACACGCAUUGACUGUCUAAUUUCAAUAGGAUGUGGUUCAGUUCCAACAAAGGUACGAAAAGGUGGCUGGCGUUAUUUGGAUACUGGACAAGUGUUGAUAGAGAGCGCAUGCUCUGUAGAUCGGGUGGAGGAAGCGUUGGACACUCUGCUACCUAUGAUUCCUGAAGUGCAGUAUUUUCGAUUCAACCCAGUUGAUGAGCGAUGUGAUAUGGAGCUUGAUGAGACUGAUCCUGCUAUCUGGCUUAAGUUGGAAGCUGCAACAGAGGAGUACGUUCAGAAAAAUUGUGAGCUCUUCAAGAAUGUCUGUGAGCGGCUAGUUCCACGAAAUGAACAUGAAGAAAGACUAUCUGAGAAGUUGAAUAGUCAACAAUUUUCUAAAUCAAAAUCAUUCAAUUCAGGGCUUGAUGAAACAAGCCCUUCAUUAGGAUGGAGGAGGAUGGUUCUACUUGUAGAAUCUUCACAUAGUCCUGAUAUUGGAAAUACUGAUCAUCAUGCCCGAACACUUGAGAAGUUUUGUGCUAGUAAUGGAAUCAGGCUCUCCCUAACAAACUGUACUUCCGGAUUCUCCAAGCCUGCAACUAGAUUUCCUACACCUUUCACGUCACCAUUAUUUACUGGAAGCUUUCCAUCAAGUCCACUUCUAUAUAGUCCUGAAUGUGGACCUCAGAGAAUUAAUCGGAUUGAUCUAGUUCCACCUCUUAGCUUGGAUGGUCAUCCAACAGGGAAACCAUCACCCCCAACAUCUCCAUUGGUCUCAAGGCAGGCUUCUUUACAUGUUCGAUCAUUACAUGAUAAAUUGCAGGAUUUGCCUCAAGUAGGCAUUAUACAUUUGGCUCUUCAGAAUGAUUCGACAGGUUCAAUAUUAAGGUUAAAAUCUUCCUCCUUGCUAUAUUAUUUAACUACAGUUUUGACCUUUUUCAUUAUUAUGUCCUCAUUCUGUAAACUUUCUGUCAGUUGGCAGAAUGAUGUAUUUGUGGUUGCAGAACCUGGCGAGCUUGCAGAUAGAUUUCUUCAGAGUGUUAAACUGAGCCUGUCUCCAUUGAUGCGAGGAAGACAGAGAAAGGAAGCUUAUUCCUUAGCUAAAGUUUCAUCUGUAGCUGAUCUGGUUACAAAAUGGCGAUGCUUUCAAGUUGGAGGUAUCCUCCACCGUUAUAUAGGACGCCAAACACAAGUAAUGGAAGAUAACCAAGAAAUUGGUGCAUUUAUGUUUCGGAGAACGGUUCCUGCUGUUCACUUGACAUCCGAAGAUGUUCGUUGGAUGGUUGGAGCAUGGAGAGAUAGAAUUAUAAUAUGCACUGGAAAGUAUGGGCUGGCUCCAAGCCUGGUGAAGGCUUUCCUAGAUUCAGGCGCCAAAGCUGUUGUCUCAUCGUCACUCGAACCUCCUGACGUGCAGUCCAUACAGUUCAAUGUGCUGGGCGAUUACAAUGGUUUUGAGAACGGAAGGUUUGAGAUUGGAGAUGAAGAGGCCGAGGAUGACUACGUACUGGAACCAGCAAGUCCAGCAAGUGACUGGGAAGAUAGUGAUGCAGAGAAAGGCGGCGAGCCUGUGGUCAUCUGGAAUGGUGACGAUGAAGAUCUAUCUGAGUUUGUAUGCCUUUUAUAUGACUUGUUGUUCCACGAGGUAUCAAGAGUAGAUGUUGCUCUACAACAUGCACUCCGCUCCCAUCCGAAGUUGAGAUACAGUUGCCAUUUACCAAAUAUACACUAGUAACAGCUAAAACAAUCACAUUACAUGAUAGGAUCAAUAAUAUGAGUUACAUGAUGAAGAAGCGAGAAUUUUGUUCCUUUUUUUAUUUUUUAUUUUUCAUAAUAGAGUAUGUUAGAGAAAGAUAAGAAGUGCGAUACAUUUGUACUUGUAAGUAUGCUCAUGCAGCAUAUAUGUAACCUUACACAGUUUCAGUUAAUAAAAAGCUUAGGGAGCUCUCUCUGCCCCCUAAAAUUUAGCUGAAUUUUCUCUCA